GGUGAAGCGAAAGGGAUGGUAGUGGCCCUAUGAUUGUGACGGCAGUUUGACAGAAUCGUCGGCGACCCCCUCAACUUCCAACGUCGUCUACAGUUUCGUCAACGAUUGGUCGUCGUUGUCGUACCAAAUUACACGAAUUAGAUGACCGGUGGCGCCGGUUAACCAGUCAUCCUCUCUCCCUUCACCUCUGCGGUGGGAGUUCACGCAUUUGUGAACAAUACAUGGAGUUCAUUGAAGCAUAAUGCAUAAACAUACAGGCGCUCCCUAAUACGUCAAAUCAAACACCAAUCAUGGCUCAGGUACCAAAGUUUGGGAACUGGGAAAACGAAGAAGAUGUUCCUUACACUGCUUACUUCGAGAAAGCAAAGAAAGCUCGUAAAACGAAAGCACAAUUUCCUGAUCCUUCUUCGAACAACGAACUUCCAUUUCAGGCUCCAGAAGAAGCUGACAUCAAACAUGGCGAUUCAACAAAGUCUGAACCAGAGAGACGAAAUACAUCAAGAACAGAAGAGGAGAGUCGUGUAAGCCAGGAAGAAGUUAACAUGAAGAUGUCGAGUGAUUCUCUUCCAAACCCUAGACGGACUUCCAGACAGAGUGGCGGUGGUUCUGAUCGGAGCUUUGAUAACUCACCAAUGCACUCACAUACUCCGGCAAGAUCUGGGAACAAAGGUAACACUGGUUCUUCUCCUAUGUCGGAAAGAAAAGUUUCAUCAGAAGCUAUCCAUGGUCCACCUUCUUCUACUCCUGGAAGAUCCAAAUUGAAGCAAGUUCCUCGUGGUGAUGAAACUGAUGACGAUGGCCCUGCAAUUCCAAAAUUUGGUGGGUGGGAUGAGAAAGAUCCUGCAUCAGCUGAAGCGUACACUCACAUAUUCAACAAAGCACGAGAAGAUAGGCACAAUGGAGGAGGGAAGUCGCCAAUGGUGUCAACUGAUAAUGUUGAUUUUUAUGGUCAAAAUCAGCGUAGCGAGAAUUCAAAGGGUUGUGGGUGUUUUCCAUGGAGCAAAAAAUGAUUUCUGGAAUUGUGAAAUGUGGAUGAACAAACAAUGGGAAAAGAAUGGUAUGAGGGUUUUGAAAUAAAUGAUACUACAAUUGUUUUACUCUUAGAAGAUUUGUAUUGUAUAGACUUAUAAGUGACAAUAUUAUCGUUAAAUGAAUUGGCAGUUUCCUUUUUA